AUGGGAUUCAGCACAGUAAAAGCUAUCGUUCUAAAUGUAACUAUUGCCAUUUGGAAAAAUGUAAAAGAUAUUUUUAUGCUAAAACUAAUUAAAGAAAAGUGGAAACAAAUUGCGAAAACGUACAGUGACAAAUGGCAGUUUCCUUAUUGUGUGGGAAGCUUAGAUGGGAAGCAUGUUAUGCUGUUUUGUCCAAAUAAUGCGGGAACGUCAUUCUAUAAUUACAAAGGCCGACAUUCUGUCGUUCUUUUAGCAUUAGUUGACGCUAACUACAAAUUCAUUGCAGUUGAAGUUGGAGCCUUCGGACGUAACAGUGACGGUGGUGUGUUUACUGAGUCAAAACUGGGAACUUCAAUGGCGACUGACACUGCAGAUAUACCAACAGAUACAUCACUGGAAAAUGGUGAUUAUCACGUGCAAGGAGGACAGUCAAAAACGCAUUUGGCAUUUUGGCAGCAAGAUGGCGGAUAUUUCAUACAGAUAUUGUAG